UGCUAACCCAUGAGCUUCCUGGCAGGGACACCACUGGUGAGAGCCUCCUAACAGCCAACUUCUUGCAACUCUCAGGCUGACGGCCUCACUGGGUUGGGGGAGGAGGGACACCUCCACUGAGAACUGGCAGCAGGAUUCUGGUAGAGGAGACACCAAGAGCCACGGUGGGGACGUGGUAAUCAUGUAGGGGCCAUGGAGACUGCUAUGUGCGUUUGCUCGCCAUGUUGUACAUGGCAAAGAUGUUGUCCUCAGCUAUGCUCCUGUCUGUGCUGCAAGUUCAUCUUCACCUCGGAGAGGAACUGCACUUGCUUCCCCUGCCCAUACAAGGAUGAGCGGAACUGCCAGUUCUGCCACUGCACCUGCUCCGAUAACCCCAACUGCCACUGGUGCUGCUGCUCCUGGGCCAAUGAUCCCAACUGCAAAUGCUGCUGCACGACCAGCAGCAAUCUCAAGUGCUACUACUAUGAGAGCCGCUGCUGUCGCAAUGCCACCAUCACCUUCCGCAAGGGCCGUCUCAAGAGCAUCCGCACCUCCUCCAAGACCGCCCUGCGCAUCGGGAGCAGCGACACCCAGGUGGAUGACCUGAAGUCGAUGCCAGCCAACAGCCACCUGGUGGACCAUCUCACCUGCCCCAUGUGCAACCGGCUGCGCCUGCACUCCUUCAUGCUGCCCUGCAACCACAGCCUGUGCGAGAAGUGCCUGCGGCAGCUGCAGAAGCACGCCGAGGUGACGGAGAACUUCUUCAUCCUCAUCUGUCCGGUGUGCAACCGCUCGCACUGCAUGCCCUACAGCAACAAAAUGCAACUGCCCGAGAACUACCUGCGCGGCCGCCUCACCAAGCGCUACAUGCAGCAGCACGGCUACCUCAAGUGGCGCUUCGACCGCUCCUCCGGGCCCAUCCUCUGCCAGGUCUGCCGCAAACGGCGCAUCGCCUACAAGCGCUGCAUCACCUGUCGCCUCAACCUGUGCAACGAAUGCCUCAAGGCCUUCCACUCGGACGUGGCCAUGCAGGACCACGUCUUCGUGGACACCAGCCCCGAGGACCAGGACGAGAAGGUCUGCAUCCACCACCCGUCCAGCCGCAUCAACGAGUACUGCCGCAACGACAAUGAGCUACUCUGCACCUUCUGCAAGAUCGCCUUCCACAGCGGCCAUGACACCGUCGGCCUCAUCGACGCCUGCUCGGAGAGGGCGGCCGCGCUCUUCAGCGCCAUCGCCAAGUUCAAAGCAGUCCGGUAUGAAAUUGAUAAUGACCUCAUGGAGUUCAACAUUCUGAAAAACAGUUUUAAAGCGGAUAAGGAGGCAAAGCGGAAAGAGAUCAGAAGCGGGUUUCUGAAGCUGCGCAGCAUUCUGCAGGAGAAAGAGAAGAGCAUCAUGGAGCAGAUCGAGAAUCUAGAGGUGUCCAGGCAGAAGGAGAUCGAGAAGUACGUCCACGUCACCACCCUGAAGGUGAACGAGAUGGAUGGCCUGAUAGCCUACUCCAAGGAAGCCCUGAAGGAGACGGGCCAAGUGGCCUUCUUACAGUCGGCCAAGAUCCUGGUGGACCAGAUCGAGGAUGGCAUCCAGAGCACCUACCGGCCCGACCCGCACCUGCGGCUGCACUCCAUGCACUGCAUGCCCUUGGACUUCGCCGAGCUCUCCAGCGCCAUUCACGAGCUCUUCCCCACGGGACCCAAGAAGGUGUGUUCCUCCGGAGACUCACUGCCCGCCCCCUACCCCAUGCACUCGGAGAUGAUGAUCGCCAGGAAGGUCACGUUCAGCACCCACAGCUUCGGCAACCAACAGAUAUACCAGCGGAGCUCCUCCUUGCUGUCCUUCAGCGCCGCUGGUGAGAAGGCCAAGGGGGGUCUGGAGGCCUACGGGAGGACCCAGUCUGCCGCGCCCGCCAAGCCCCCCGACGGGCUGUACACCUACUGGAGUGCCACAGCCGACAGCCAGCCUGCACAGAACUGCAACAGCUUCCACAACUGGUACUCGUUCAACGACACCUCUGUGAAAACCCCAGGCCCAAUUGUUAUCUACCAGACUCUGGUGUAUCCAAGAGCCGCUAAGGUUUACUGGACGUGCCCCACAGAAGACGUGGACUCUUUCGAGAUGGAAUUCUACGAACUCGUUACGACCCCGCCUAACAACGUGCGCACAGAGCUCUGUGGACAGAUUCGUGACAUAAUGCAGCAGAACCUCGAACUGCACAACCUGACCCCCAACACCGAGUACCUGUUCAAAGUGAGAGCCAUCAAUGACAAUGGGCCCGGGCAGUGGAGCGACGUGUGCAAGGAAACUCAGAGAACAACCCUGAGCUGGUCAGUGUGGGCUCCAGAGAAGGAACAACAGAUGGUUCCUGUCUUCUUGGUGACACAAGGCUGAUGCUUCUUUAUAUCCCCAAGGGACACACCCUCAUGAGAUUAAUUGUAUUGGUAUUAAAAGGAAAGAGAGAAGAAAAAUAUCAAGACUGCCCAGAGCUGUCUUGCUGUGUCACCAUGAUGGUGCUCUUUGCAAUCAGAGUAGAUUAUGUCUUAAUCAGGGACUCCUUAGGAGAAAAAAAAAAAAAAGACAAGUCUAUUUAUUUCAGCUUUUGAAAGGAGGGAAUGUAUUAUACAGAGAGAAAGAGGAGUCUCCUGACACCACUUCCGGAACAUUUCUCUCAUCUGAUUCCCACAGGAACUGGAAAGUCCUCAGACAUUCUCCAUCUCUCCCUGUCAAUGUCUCUGUCUCCCUAUCUCUGUCCCCCUCUUCCUCUGCUUCUGCUGAAUCUGUACCCUUUUCAACUGGCCCUUAGUUUCUGCUCCCCUAAGUUCAGUGUGCAUGUGGUUUUGUGUUGUCAUGGCCCAACCCUCUUGUGACCUUAGAACUCCAGUGCCCAAGCGACCAUUGUCAAGUGUUAGUCCCCUUGUCACAUGUUUGAGGACAAGAAUGCAGAGGGCUGCUAUCUCCAGGGAAGAGGGGCAGCAGGAGGAGGUAGGGUGAGGCAGGACUAUGCUGUUGGCCAGUAUCCUGGAAGCAGGGCGGCUCCUGGGGUGGGCAUUUGCACCCUGAUGAUCAGCUCCAGGGUUCUGGAGCCCAGGACCCACAUGUGCUCACACACACACACACACACACACACAGGCCAGAGCCUCCCAUAGGAAGGCAGUGGGAUGAGAAUGCCCUGUAGCCACUCCCCCUGGCUUACCCCAGCCAAUCACUCUGUGGGUCACUGCCCCAGAGACCCAUCCUUCUCUUUGGAGCAGGGAAUACCCCAUGGCUCCUACAAUGCUUUGCAAUGCAGCCUCUUGAAAUUCGCCUUUCUUUCCAAUUCCAUCUUUCUUCUCAGCCCUCAUUUCACCUCAGAAAUGCCUUGCCCAUGAGAGACUCUCAGGACUGUUCAUGUCAUUUUAGAUUCCAGGGACAGGGAUGGGCGCACAGAGCAGACAGUGUCACGCCUGCCAUUGCAGUCCCUCUGGGGCCUUCAUGGGGCAGAUGUUUUGUUGUCGCUCUCCAACUGUGAAGUCCAUGAGAACAAAACUCAUAUCUAGUUCCUCUCUCCUACAAUGCUUCCCGCAGCCAGCAGUUUCCUAAUGGUCAUUGAAUGAAUACAUGAAUGAAAAUGCGAUCAAACAAAUAAAUGAAUAUCUAAAUCGAAGAGUGAAGAAAAAGAAAUUAAAUUAGUAAUCACAAAACACCAUAAGAAGCCCGGUAGCCAUGAUGUGUUUUAUGCAAUCAUCCAAGAAAGAAAAUACCCCAAAAUUGUGUUUAUGUGAUGAAUUUGCCCUCUCGGUAGAACAGGGAAACACAUGCCAAUCCCUUUGCUUUUUAACACAAUGUCUAAAUGAGCAGUGCCCUAAUUAAUGAGGUUUUCUGGAAGCUUCAUUUUUAUCUGACUUGAGGAGCUGCAGUAUAGAUUUUUUCUUCAGAAGUAAUUCUUCCUCCCUUCUUCGUGGCAAUAUUAGCAUUCCGGGGGAGACACUGGUUUCCUUAACAUUUGUCAUGAUUUGCAUAAGUAAAGGCUUCAAUAGCAAAUGAAAAUAAGAUGGUGUGUUUGAAUGACAUUUAUAAAGCUUCAUGAAAGUAAUGACUUCAGCUCUUUCCUAUAAAAUCGACAUUUUUUUCCUGUGGCAUCAGUGCUAUGCAGGAUUCCUGAAAGCUUUCAUUUAAAAGCUGCGAGGAGGCAGCAGAAACAUUUCUGAUCCAAAAUGCAAUAUUUCCAUCAUAU